ACGGCGCAUGCGCAGGGCGGGAGCGAGCGAAAUUCAAGCGAAAUUCAAUCGCCGGCUGACUUCCCUGGUACGCAAGCUCGGGGUCAUGGAGGCGUCGCGGGGGUCUGCGGAAGCCGCGGCCUUAAGCCCAGAGCAGGCCGCCCUUUACCAGAGAUAUGUGAAAGAGGCCAAAGAAGCAACUAAGAAUGGGGAUCUGGAAGAAGCGUUUAAACUUUUCAAUUUGGCAAAGGACAUUUUUCCCAAUGAAAAGGUGAUGAGCCGAAUCCAAAAAAUACAGGAAGCCUUGGAGGAGUUGGCAGAACAUGGAGAUGAUGAAUUCACAGAUGUGUGCAACUCUGGCCUGCUGCUUUAUCGAGACCUGCACAACCAACUAUUUGAGCACCAGAAGGAAGGUGUCGCUUUCCUCUAUAGCCUAUACAGGGAUGGAAGAAAAGGUGGCAUCUUGGCAGAUGAUAUGGGAUUAGGGAAGACUGUUCAAAUCAUCGCUUUCCUUUCUGGUAUGUUUGAUGCUACACUUGUGAAUCAUGUGCUGCUGAUCAUGCCGACCAAUCUCAUUAGCACAUGGACAAAAGAAUUUGUUAAGUGGACCCCAGGAAUGAGAGUCAAAACCUUUCAUGGUCCGAGUAAGGAUGAACGUACCAGGAACCUCAGUCGGAUUCAGCAAAGGAAUGGCGUCAUCAUCACCACAUACCAAAUGUUAAUCAAUAAUUGGCAGCAACUUUCAAGCUUGAAUGGCCAAGAGUUUGUGUGGGACUAUGUCAUCCUUGAUGAAGCACAUAAAAUAAAAACCUCAUCCACUAAGUCAGCAGUAUGUGCUCGCGCUGUCCCUGCCAGGAAUCGCAUCCUCCUCACAGGAACCCCGAUCCAGAAUAAUUUACGAGAACUGUGGUCCCUGUUUGAUUUUGCUUGUCAGGGGUCCCUGCUAGGAACAUUAAAAACUUUUAAGAUGGAGUAUGAAAAUCCUAUUACGAGAGCAAGAGAGAAGGAUGCUACCCCGGGGGAAAAAGCCUUAGGAUUUAAAAUAUCUGAAAACUUGAUGGCAAUCAUAAAACCCUAUUUUCUCAGGAGGACUAAAGAAGAGGUACAAAAGAAAAAGGCAAGCACCCCAGAGGUCAGACUUAGUGAAAAGAAUCCAGAUGUUGAUGCCAUUUGUGAAAUGCCUUCCCUUUCCAGGAAAAAUGAUUUAAUUAUUUGGAUACGUCUCACGCCUUUACAAGAAGAAAUAUACAGGAAAUUCGUGUCUCUAGAUCAUAUCAAGGAAUUGUUAAUGGAGACACGCUCACCUCUGGCUGAGCUAGGUGUCUUAAAGAAGCUGUGUGAUCAUCCUAGGCUGCUGUCUGCGCGGGCUUGUCAUUUGUUAAACUUAGGGUCUGUAAAAUUCUCUGUUCAAGGUGAAAAGGAAGGGGAAGAUUCCUCAGAUGGGGACCAUAUUGAUCAGAUCACUGAUGAUGCACUGAUGGAAGAAUCUGGAAAAAUGAUAUUUCUGAUAGAGCUGCUGAAGAGACUGCGAGAUGAAGGGCAUCAAACUCUGGUGUUUUCCCAGUCAAGACAAAUUCUAAACAUCAUCGAACACCUCCUAAAGAAUCGGCACUUUAAGAUACUGCGAAUUGAUGGAACAGUUACUCAUCUUGCGGAACGAGAAAAAAGAAUUAACUUAUUCCAGCAAAAUAGAGAGUACUCUGUUUUUCUGCUUACCACUCAAGUAGGUGGUGUUGGCUUAACAUUGACUGCAGCCACUAGAGUGGUCAUUUUUGACCCUAGCUGGAAUCCUGCGACUGAUGCUCAAGCUGUGGAUAGAGUUUACCGAAUUGGCCAGAAGGAAAAUGUUGUAGUUUAUAGGCUGAUUACUUGUGGGACUGUAGAGGAAAAAAUAUACAGAAGACAGGUUUUCAAGGACUCACUAAUAAGACAAACUACGGGCGAUAAGAAGAACCCUUUCCGAUAUUUUACGAAACAAGAAUUAAGAGAGCUCUUUACAAUUGAGGAUUUUCAGCACUCUGCAACCCAGCUGCAGCUUCAGUCUUUGCAUGCUGCCCAGAGGAGAUCUGAUAAAAUACUAGAUGAACAUAUUGCCUACCUGCACUCUUUGGGGAUAGCUGGAAUCUCAGACCAUGACUUGAUGUACACACGUGAUCUCUCUGUGAAAGAAGAGCUCGAUGUGAUCGAAGAAUCCCACUAUAUUCAACAGAGGGUUCAGAAAGCUCAAUUCCUUGUUGAAUUAGAGUCUCAAAAUACAGAGCUCUUAGCAGAAAGACAAAGAGCUGGAAAUGAGGGGAUCUGGCUGAGAGAACCCCACUUUCCUUCUCAAACGAAGAAAUGCCCUGACCUGAAUAAACCACAGCCUCGAUCCUCCCCACUUCUACCUACUUAUCAUACCCAGGAAGAAGAAAUCAGUUCCCAAAUGGCGAGUGUAAUCAUUGAUGAUCUGCCCGAAGAGAGUGAGAAUCAAGAUGUCUCCAAUAUAAAGAUGAAUGUUACCGUCUCACAAGACGGUAGUCACCCACCCGGAAGUACAUCUGAUGCCGAUUCUGUAGCUACUUUACCUGAGGGGUGUGGGAGUGUAGAUGAAAUCUGGACCGACUCGUUGGGAAUGGCUCUACAAAAAGAGGCAUUGCGAGAGGGGCCCAUGCAGGGGACACUGCAAGAGAACCCUCUGGGAGAUUUUAACUAUUUGCCUAGCAAAGCACUCAGAGCUGAUCUUGGGCUGAAUCCAGAGCAACCAAAGGAUGAUGAGAUGGUACCUCACUGCAAUCCCUGGCCCAUUAGUCCCAUGACCAGUGAAAAUCAAAAUACAGAAUCGAAUGCAUUUGUAAUUAAAAUAGCCAAUGACGACUUGUCAGCAUCCCACAGUGCACUGCAGGAUGCUCAAGCAAAUGAGGCCAAGUCGGAGGAGGAACAUUUAGCCUCCUCAUCACAGUAUGCCUGUGAUUUCAAUCUUUUCUUGGAAGACUCUGCAGACAAUGGACAAAAUCUUUCCAGGCAGUCUUUGCAGCACGUUGAGAAUGAAAAGAGCUUGUGUGGUUCUACAGCUAAUUCUCAGGCAGAGCUUGAGCGUGACAAGGCAUGUCUCAGUGUGGAUCUUUCGGAGACCAACGACGAGCCAGAAGAAGUAGUCGGGAAUGUGAAAGGCAGAAGGAAAGCCAGAAGGAUCGUUUCAGAUGGUGAAGAUGAAGACGAUACUUUUAAAGAUACUUCAAGCACAGAUCCGCUUACCACCUCUCCCUUUCAGUUCUUACCUGUGAAACAGUUUGAUGCUUCAACUCCCAAAAGUGACAUCAGUCCGCCGGGAAGGUUCUUGUCACCGAACAUCCCUGAUAGUAUAAAUAAGUCCGCCCACCCUAGAAGAUCCCUGGCUUCUAGGAGGUCUCUCAUCAAUGUGGUUUUAGACCACGUGGAGGAUAUGGAGGAAAGACCUGACCAGAGCAAUGAAGCAGAGGUUGAGGCAGGUGAUCUGGAGGAAGGAGCAGAGGAGAGCGGUAGUGAAGCCUCAGAGAGCACAGACGAGCCUCCUGGCGGAACGCUGCCUUCAGAAAAUGAGGCCAGCCGGUUAACUGGGCCUGGGGCUCCGGAGGCCCCUCCCAGGGACCCUGAACCUUUGUCUGGCAGACAGUUGGUUGAGUAUCCCCAGGAGGAGGCAGCGGAAGCUGUGAAUGACUAUGAGACUCUUGUAAGUCGUGGGAAGGAACUGAAAGAGCGUGGGCAAAUACAGGAGGCCUUAAACUGCUUAGUGAAAGCGCUUGACAUAAAGAGCGCCGACCCUGAAGUCAUGCUCAUGACUUUAAGUUUGUAUAAGCAGCUUAAUAAAACUUGAGACUCGAACUUGUGUGUUGGUUAAAAGUGAAACGCCAAGUGUGAAUGCAUUCAUUCCUGUAAUUGGGUUCUGCGGGAGCAUGAAGCAUUUAAGCUUGAGGUGAGAGAGCUCUCAGAAAGCAAGGCUUUGUUUUCAACUGUUUUGGACAUUCGGCCUUUACCCCGUACUCCUUCCUACCCCCCUCCUCCAUACAUAUAUUCUGGUAUUCGGAACACUAGGUUAAUACUGCUUUCCUUGAAUAGUCUUAACCUUUUUCUUUUAGGCAAACUCUAUACACUUAACUGUCAUAUCUAGGAAAGUUUCUGUAAAGUUAUCUGGCUAUCCUUAUUUUUAUUCUGGAAGUGAUUCCUUCUGUCUAUCACCGUCCAGGUAAGAAUAGUAAAGUUACUUUUCUCAAGGGUUUCCUUUUCCAUUCACUUUCUUUUGCUGAGAUGAUACUAGCAAAUGCAUACAGAAGCUCCUGAGUUUAAUUAAGCAGGAGUUUACUAGAAUUCUAAAUCUAAGACUUGCUUAUUCCCAUGCUACUGUAUGCCCUCAGCUUACUACGUACAGCAGAAGGCUGGGAUCAGGUCCCUGGGGCUAGGCCUUGUUGUCGCUGGCGCCCUACUCCGGAGUCCAUGAGGCCAUUUGCCAUUCUUCACUCACCACCAGCUGCGUUCUGACACAGGCUGGCAUGUUGUCUUUGGGUGGCGGACUGAAAAGGAGUUUGGUUGCCCCUCAGAAACCUCAAGUGCAGUAUAGCACUCUGUACUCGUGACAGGGAACUAGCAUUUAUGGAGUACCUACUGUGUCCUGGGUACUGGGUACUCUACAUAGGUUUUUUGUUUAAUCCUCACCAUAGUCCUUUGAGGUUGACGGCAUUUACAUUGUUUUAGUUGAGGGAACUAUGACCUGCCCAAGAUCACAUAGUAAGGGGUGAAAUGGAUUUUUUUAAACCAUGUGUUACCUGUGAAACCUUAUUAUAAUAAACUGUCUUUACUGCACUGAAUGUACCGAGCCGUUUUUACUGACAACCCUUCGGACCCCAA